AGAUCCAUCUUCGGAGGAGCAAAUGGGAUUAUGGGAACGGCGAAACAGCUAGUAUCCGUAGGCCUAUUGCUGCCAAUUCCGCAGUCUCCGGUGGCCAGAAAACGCAACAGUCGCCUGAAUUUUGUGCGGUUAACUUUACAAAGUACUGCAAUCAGGGCGGCGCUGUCAAUAGAUGAAAUUCCACCAAAUGCCCUAAGGCAGGCAAGAGAAUCAGGCUUGAGCAGCUGUGGCUUCAGCCUUGGCGUCGAUUUGGGAUUAAGUCGCACUGGCCUUGCUCUUAGCAAAGGCUUCUCUUUUCGUCCAUUAACGGUUCUGGAAUUGAGAGGGCAGAAGCUAGAAGUUCGACUUAUUGAUAUUGCUCAAAAACAGGAGGUUGAUGAAUUUAUAAUUGGGCUUCCAUUAUCUAGUGAUGGGAAGGAGACUCCACAAUCAAAUAAAGUUCGAAGUGUUGCAGGUAGAUUAGCAGUUCGAGCUGCUGAGAAGGGCUGGAGAGUAUACCUGCAGGAAGAGUAUGGGACAUCAACUCAGGCCAUGAGCCGCAUGAUUGAUAUGGGCCUCAGCAAAUCUGCUCGUCAAGGGAAACUUGAUGCCUAUGCAGCUGUGAUGGUGCUUGAGAGAUAUUUCUCAGCCUCAGGUGAGGGGAUAGAACUUGUUUUACCCAAACAGUUGGAACUCCAAAACAAGCUCAGAAAGGCAUCUUCCAUGGAAGAUGAAUUUGAUAGUUGACAUUUAACAUUUCAAAUACGGAUGCGCCCAUCUUUCCGUUUUGAGCUUACACAUGUACACAACCAUAUGAGUUCAUGAGCGGUAGAGCUAUGAGAUCCUUAAUCGCAAACCAAGGAUGACAUGUCAUUUUGUUGUCUUAAUUAACAGUUAGAACUUCGAAGGGAACAAGGAAAAUUGAGAAAUAGUUAAAUUACUCUCUUGAAAACUAUGCUAUCUCAGUAAGUUUAUUGUGAUUCAA